AUGACUACAUUAAAAUCAGGCAGCAGUGUGGAAACUGCUGCAGUAGAGGCUGAUCUAAAGACGCUAAUUCAUCUCAUCAAGACUAAUUGGAAGUUUGAUGUUUCAAGCCAGGCCUGCAAUGACUUAAACUUAAAAAAAUGGAAUAAAAUUACAAUUGUUCCUCUUGCGAAAGACUUAAAACUCCUUAAAAAUUAUCUUUGCGAAAAAUCUAAGUCUGCAGCAUCUAAGUUAAUAGAAUCCGAAACUAGCAAUAUUGAAGCGUACAACACUCUAACAGAGACAGUUUACUGCCGCGUUCUUCUUCUCAACAGACGUCGGCCUGGUGAACUGCAACGUCUCCCACUCAGCAUCUACCAAGAGAGCAGCAAUGACAAAAGCGCAUAUGAGGAAUUUGACCGAGCUAUUUCAAGUGCGGAAAAAGUGUUGGUCUUGAAAAAGUAUGCCACUGCAAGUGGAGCUCGAAAUCCUGCAGCUAUUACUACGACUAAGCUACGCAAACAUUUGGCUACGUUGACUCAGAUGUUUAACCUUAAAGAAUCGGACAUUGAACAACUAGCUAACUUUAUGGGGCACACACAGGCUGUCCACAGACAAAACUAUAGAUUACCCGAUGACGUGUAUCAGACGGCCAAACUAUCAAAACUACUGCUACUCAUGGAGAGUGGCAAAGCAGACUCUUAUAGAGGCAAAUGUUUGGAUGACAUAAACUUAGAUUUAGAACAAGAUUUACUAGAAAACGCACAGGGCCACGAUAAUUACGACAGUGAUGAAUUAAUAGAUUACGAUGCUGCAUUACCAACUGAAAAAUCAAAAGAAACGGAGUUCACAGACGAUAACCCUGUCCUUACUCCGCAGUCAACUCUACUUAGCGAUGCUACCAAUGCUACACAUAUUAAAACAAAGAAAAAACGAAACCUUGUUCCUUGGACCACAGAACAGAAAAGUAUAGUUAAAAAGUUUUUUAGCAAACAUAUUAAAAAUAAACAACCGCCAAAACGCCAUGAGUGCGAGGAACUUCGUAGUCAACAUACUGAAAUUCUGCACAACAAAGACUGGUUAAAAAUAAAAGUCUUCGUCCAAAAUGCCUAUACAAACAACAAAUAG